AACAAUUCCUAGUUUACUAACUUCUUGAUGGUGUUAAUAGUAGCAACUUUGUGGAAAAGAAUAAUCCAUUUUAUAUCUCAUAGUUUCUAUUCUAAGGAACUUGCUAGAGUUUUCCUGCCCGACCAGUUAGAAUUCUCUGGAAAUGAUGCUCAGUCGGUAAUGCUUUCUCUCUAGGCUCAAGCUCUCUUGAUUUUAUCUUUGGUCGAUGGGCCACAAAGCUCUAACAUUCACAAUCUAGAGCUAUUAAGAAUUAUCACGUCCAAUUUGCCAUUCAAGACUUUCAUGAUUGCUGAGCUAGAAGAAUAAUAUCGCCUCGGGGAGAUCACUCAGUUUGAAAUUGCUUCUUUUUUAUUGCUAAAACACAUGUACUUAUAUUUCUUUUCAAUGUCUUUCUGCAGGUACUGCAGAUAUAGGUUACAAAGUCUGCCCUCUUUGACAAGUUAUAUUUCUUCUUGGUAUUUUAUUCUUUCAGUAGAAUUCAUUCACCUCAAUGACAAACAUACAGCUAGCCAACCAAAACCCUUCUUCUGAUACUUUAGUUGACAAUGAGAUGCACCUUGAUGCAACAAGCCCCAACUAUGAUGAAGAAAAUAAUAGCUUUUUCACUUGUGAAAUCUGUUUAGAACUAGUUCCAUUAAACACAAAAUUCAAAAACAUAGAGAGCAGAUGUUCCCAUAACUAUUGUACAGAUUGCAUUUCCAAGUACAUCCAAGUAAAAGUUAGUCAAGACAACAGGUCACAAAUCAAAUGCCCUAUUACCAACUGCAGUGUUGUUUUGGAUACUGUGUCAUGUCGUUCUUUCCUCUCCGAAAAAGUAUUCGAGAUGUGGUGCCGUGUUCAUUGUGAGUCCGCAGUACUCUUAGAAUCAUCAAAAGGUGGGUUUGCUUAUGGAAGAUCUUAUUGCCCAUAUCAAGAUUGCUCUGAAUUGAUUUUGAAUGAAUGUGUUGAGACUUCUCAGUCAACUAAGCUAUCUAAAUCAAACUGUCCUAGUUGCAAAAAGCUCUUCUGUUUUCAUUGCAUGGUUCCGUGGACUGAGAAACAUCAAUGUACUGAUAGAAGUGAGACUAUAAUUGACAUUGAUAGCAAUGAUGUUUUGUUCAUCGAGAAUGUUAAACACAACAAGUGGGUACGAUGUCCAUCAUGCUACCAUUAUGUUGAGCGCAACCAGGGAUGUAAUUGGAUUACAUGCAGAUGUAAAACCAAAUUUUGUUACAAUUGUGGAGAAAAGGCUUGUAAAUGCAAAAGUCUACUUCAAUGGUGGCAAAAUCUGAUGUUAUGUAUAUAUUUCCUAGUCUUCUCGCCACUUAUGGUGUUUGCCGGUGUUUGUGUCUUGAUCCAUAUUGGAGCGAUGAAGGUAUUCAUUUACUUUGGGGUACUACCGCCAGAUCACCCAUUAGCAAUCGGCAUAAAUGCAGCUGGACAACAGCAGCAGGAAAGACCACCACCACCAUAGAAGCAGCUUGCCCCAUCCACACGAGAGCAGCGGGAAGCACCAACACCAUAAAAGCAGCUUGCUCCACCCACAAGAAUCAUAAUGCCAAACGCUUACAAAACAAGACUGCUGCCAUUACGUUUUAGACAAUUAUUACUUAAGCUGCUAUUAACGAGUCAAAGUUUGUCUUAUGAAAUUACCAUUCACAAGCUUGAGAAAGCCUGAGAACAACUCUAAUAUUACAAAAGUUGAGCUUGGUCAAGUGAAUAAACAAACAGUGUACGCGUUGUGCGUGAGAAGUCUCAUUAUGUUGGAAUAAAAUUGGG